GCAGACCCCCAGCGCCGGGCUAAUGGAGGCAACUUAGACAGGAGCAGGCGCGGCCCCUCGUCUCUCGGCGCUGCCCGCUCCCCCCGCACCGGGCGCGGCGCUCCCCGCCGAGCCGCAGCCCGAGCGCCGCCGGGCCCCCGGGACUCCCCGGCCGCUCGCGCUGCCCCGAUGAUGUUACCGAGCCCCGUCACCUCCACCCCUUUCUCUGUCAAAGACAUCCUCAACCUGGAGCAGCAGCAGCAGGACCCGCACUAUGGGGCCCAGCUCCCGCACCACCUGGAGCACCACUUUCACCCCGCCGCCUGCCUGCUGGCGGCCGCCGACGGCACCCGCUUCUCCGACGGCGAGGAGGAAGAGGAGGAGGAGAAGCUGUCCUACCUGAGCUCCGUGGCAACGCCCGGCGGCCAGGCAGACGCGCGGCUCUCCGCCGACAGCUACGUGCAUGCCGUGCUGCGCGGCUCCUGCGAGGCUCCCGGCCCGGGAGAGGAGCUGGACCCCACGGCUCGCGACCCGAAGAGCUGCGCCCUGAAGAAACCGCUGGACGCCGCGGAGAAGCCGGAGGAGGCGGAGAGGCCGAAGCAGCGGAGUCGGAGGAAGCCGCGCGUCCUCUUCUCGCAGGCGCAGGUCUUCGAGCUGGAGCGGCGGUUCAAGCAGCAGCGUUACCUGUCGGCUCCGGAGCGGGAGCACCUGGCCAGCAGCCUGAAGCUCACCUCCACGCAGGUGAAGAUCUGGUUCCAGAACCGGCGCUACAAGUGCAAGCGGCAGCGGCAGGACAAGUCGCUGGAGCUGGGCGGCCCCGCGGCCCCGCCGCCGCCGCGCAGGGUGGCCGUGCCCGUGCUGGUCCGCGACGGCAAGCCGUGCCUGGGCGGCUCGCAGGGCUACAGCUCGGCGUACAACGGGCCCUACUCCUACAACGGCUUCCCCGCCUACGGCUACGGCAACGCCGCCUCCUACAACCCCGGCUACGGCUGCACCUACCCGGCGGGCAGCGGCGGGGCCUCGGUGCAAGCCGCCUGCAGCCCGGCGGCGGCCGCCGGCCCCUUCGUGAACGUGGGCGGCCUGGGGGGCUUCGGCGGCGGCGGGCAGGCGCUGCACCAGGCGGCGGCGGGGCCCUCCUGCAGCCAGGGCGCACUGCAGGGCAUUCGGGCCUGGUAGCCCGCACGCACUUAGGGCCGGGAGCGGACCGGCACGACGGCCCCGCGGCCCCGCAGCGCCCUUACGCCCCGCGGACUGAAGGCGGAGGGGCGGUGCGGCAGGACCCCGGCUCUCUCCCAGGGCCGCGGGGCGGAGCGGAGCGGCGGAACGGAAGGGAACGGGACUGGACGGGACAGGACGGGCCGAGCCCGCGGCGGAGCGCCGCCGCCCCGAGGUGCCGCCGCGACGGGCGGGCCGGAGCUGACCGCGCCGCGCCAUCGGAGCAGCUUCGCUUGUAAAAAGCCGACGGCGGGACCCGGGGCUCCCGCGGCCCUUCUCUCUAUCUACUCUGUAUCGGUUUCUGCCAGCGCCAGCUCGCGGAGUCAGUCAAUAAACCAGGUGCAAUAUCCGCCGCCCGCUCCUCCUUCGCCCGGCGGCCGGUGCCCGGCGGGGCUCGCAACGUCGUGCCCGCGGGGCAGGGCGGCUCGGGCGGAUUGUGAGCGUGCCAAGGCGCUGAAUGGGGCCGCGCAGCUCAGAGCCGGCCCAUUGUGGCCGCCGGGCCGGCGCUGAAAGGAGCCGCCGAGGAAGGUAGCGGGAAUAGGCGCUUAUUGGAUUCGGGAACAAAAGGUGUGGCAGGGAGGCGAGGGACAAAGGGGCCCCGGCGCCGAGAUUGACGGGCCGCUUUGCCCCCCACUGAGGCCCAGGCCCGGCGCUUUAUGCGCGGGGGCUGCAGAAACGUGCUGGGUUUUGUUCCCCUUUCUCUGAGCGCAGGGGGAGAUGAGGGGGGUCCGCGGGCCGCUGAUUAGGGCCGGCCGGGCCGGGCAGCCUGAAUGCCGGGGCAUUAUUGCUACACGUUCAACCAUUCCGCUCGGGUGCAGGGGGAGGGGGCGGACGAGACCCUCGACGCUGCCCGGCGACCGCUUCCCCCCCCAUCCCCGUCCCGUCCGGUCCGGGAGCGCGCGGCCACGGCCGCGGCCCCACGUCGGAGCCCUCGGGUCUGUGCCGCUGCCGUGCGGUGCCCGGCGGACGGGCGUCCGCGAAGCCUCGACGGCGCGGGGAGCGAUCCCGCAACGUGUCGAUCCCGCAGCGCGUCCGUCCCGCAGCCGGCACAGGCGCGUCGCGUUACGAGCGUUGGCGCUGCUAAAACGCUGCGCGUCUGCACCGUGCGGUGAGCGCGCACCGCUCGGAAAGAGCCGGAGAAAUUUUCAGCUGCAGCCCCGACGCUCGGCGCGGUACGGCACGGUUCGGCUCGGCACGGCUCGCCACGGCCGUGUCCCACGGCCACCCCGAGGCCGGGAGGCUCUGGAGCCGCGCUGGAAGAGGAUGCGGCACGCCCAGCGAUUGUUUGCCGAGUGGCAGCGAGGUGUCGCGGGAGAGGAAGCCCACGCUCGGCUCUUGGCCGUCGGAGCUGAGCUGUGGAGGCUCCGCGGUCUCGUGGGUAGAAACAGGAUAGCCAAGAACAAAGAUAGGUAACGACCUCCCGAAGCGGCAGCCCCGCGCCGAGGUUGGACUCGGCCAUAGGAAAGAAUUGUAUUCCCCUCUGUGUUCUGCCAUAUUGUCGUUUGCAGAAAUAGGGGACGUGCGUGAAUUCGUGCCUCGGCGAGCGAGAUGGAGGAAUGGUAACCGCAGUACAACCUCCUCCAGAAUAGGGGUGUGCAAGGAGAGCUCCCCGCUCGGUGCAUCCCCUCCAAGUAAGUGAUGGUUUGUUGGGAACCCUCCUCAUCCAGCAGCACCCUGAGGCUCUGGGCGAGAUGCACGCGUCUGCGGCCAAGCCUUGAGAAUGGGCACUCAAACAGAGCAAAGGGGCACAUGGAGACCCUACUGACCUACACAGCGGUGCCAUGCAGCAACGGCGUUGUGGAGCACCAACAGCACCAAGCAUUGCCAUAGGCGUGGGUGUGUAGUAUUGUGGGAGGUUCUGGAUGUCCACCAUCGUGAUCCCCUCUGCUAGGAUACAUCCCAGCUGUCCCACCAGCAUAGCUCAGGGGGGAGGGACCCCUCGGCAUCUCUCUCACCCAAGGCCCCCCAGCAGAUGGGGAGGACAGAGCAGCACAGGGUGAGCUGCGAGCAGGGCGGCGGAAGUGAAGCAUUCUGAAGAGGAGGAACAGCCGGUGGUGGUGGGAGGGAGGUGAUGGGAGACUGCAGAUUGGCCAAGCAGCCCAAGGAGGGGACACACAAUGGGGGGAAGUGGCUGCGUUGCCGUGCUGGAAGCGGUGCCUGCCCAUGACGUACCUCAUCCCAUCGCGCCCUGCGUGAGGCCAUGUCUGCGAUGUGCUGCUGGGACCCAUAAUGUGUGGUGCUGCAGCGGUGGUGGUGGGGCCAGAGGGGUGUCGGGGAAGGAGAAAGCCGUGGCCAAGGGCCAGAGGUGUUUCUUCCUGGUCCAAAAGGCGAAUUGACUCAUUUGGGAAUCAGAGAGGGAAAGCGCUGAUUGAUUCUAGACAGGGCCUAAAAGCCCUACAAAGCCUAAAACGAGUGCUGGCCUAAAGUAAAGGAGGGCUUGGGUGAGGCAGCCGGGCUUGAGCCAUCACACCUAAGGUCCACCUUGUGCGUGGGCUCAGGUUUUGAUUUCUGUUCACUUUUCCUGGCUGAGGAUGAGCCAUGAGCAGCUCUGUGCAGCAGCUGAGCAGCUCCCGGGAAAGGCUCUCACAUCCCAUCACAGCCGCAUUCCUAUGGCCUCUCUGUCACACUCAGGAUCACAUAGGAGCAGCGUGGAUCCAUAUGAAGCACCACAGACGUGCUCUGUUUUCCUCUCCUUCCCUGACAACUUUUCCUGUUUCUCCUUUCCACUCCCUGUGGCACAGCAGAGACCGGGCACCUGGGGACCUGCAGCUGCACUCAGUGCUCGGGGGGGAUCAUGCUGGGAGCAUCCCGAAGUGCAGCAAGGAAUUGUUAUCUCAGCGCUGGAGAGUGCUGAGGAAGCUGUGGCCAGCCGUGGAGCAGGUAAAUAUAUUAAAAUGUCAAUAAAGCCCAUUGCUGUGCAGCUCCCACUA